CUCUUCCUGGUGGAUAAACAGUGACAGCUACAGGGCAGCCACCUAGACCCACCACACAGGCUCUGGCGCUGCCCUGGCAAACAACACCAAAAUGGCUUCAGACAGUACACACAUCGCGCAGUUGACUUCUGAACUGUACUUCCUAAUAGCCCGAUUUCUAGAAGCUGGACCGUGUCAAAAAGCAGCCGAGACCCUGAUAAGGGAGGUGGAGGAGAAGGAGCUGCUGCCCAAAAGGCUGGACUGGACGGGGCAGGAACACCCCGGGACGUACGAAAAUUUGGUAAAGCUCUACAGGCACAUCACGCCAGACCACCUGCUGCAGGUCUGCACCAGAGUUUGUCCGCUGCUGGAGAGGGAGGUCCCUGCCAGUGUGCCUGGACUCACCAGCCUUCUAGGAGCUGGCAGACAGAAUCUUCUCCGCACCGCCAAGAGUUGCAAACAUGUUGUGUGGAAAGGCUCAGCGCUGGCUGCGCUGCACUGUGGACGUCCACCGGAGCCACCUGUUAUCUACGGGAGCCCGCCGAAUAUUGUGGAGACGAGCUUCUGCCGUCGACUGAAUGGCGCCUACCGUCUCCGUCAGCUGGUGCCCACGGCCGUGUACACACACAUGAAGAUGCACAAGAGGAUCCUGGGACACUUGUCGUCCGUGUACUGCGUGACCUUCGACAGGACGGGGCGACGCAUCUUCACCGGCUCAGACGACUGUCUCGUGAAGAUCUGGGGGACAGAUGACGGGCGUCUGCUGGCAACCCUGCGCGGCCACGCUGCCGAGAUCUCCGACAUGGCCGUCAGCUAUGAGAACACAAUGAUUGCCGCCGGCUCCUGUGACAAGACCAUUAGAGUGUGGUGCUUACAAACCUGCGCUCCUCUGGCUGUCCUGGAGGGACACGCAGCCUCCAUCACCUCACUGCAGUUUUCUCCUCUCUGUAGCGGCUCCAAGCGCUACCUGUCCUCCACCGGAGCCGAUGGCACCAUCUGCUUCUGGCAGUGGGAUGCACGGACACUCAAGUUCGGUCAGAGGCCCAGUAAAUUCACAGAGCGCUCUCGACCCGGCGUCCAGAUGAUCUGCUCCUCCUUCAGCGCAGGUGGUAUGUUCCUCGCCACAGGAAGCACAGACCACAUCAUCAGGGUUUACUACUUUGGCUCAGGCCAACCAGAAAAGAUCUCUGAGCUUGAGUCCCAUACGGACAAAGUUGACAGCAUCCAGUUUUCACAUUGCAGUGACAGGUUUGUGAGCGGCAGCAGGGACGGUACAGCUCGGAUCUGGCAGCUUCACCCUCAGGGCUGGAAGAGCAUUCUGCUGGACAUGCAGACCAAAUUACCCGGGAAGUACAACCCUCCGCCGCUGGAAGACAAGGUGACCAAGCUGAAGGUUACCAUGGUGGCAUGGGAUCGCCAUGACAGCACAGUGAUAACGGCGGCCAACAAUCUGACAUUGAAAGUGUGGAACUCCAUCACUGGAAAUCUGGUCCAUGUCCUGAUGAUCGAGGGAGUCCGCCAGAUGCACAGCAACGCCCCUCGCAGCCAAAUGGCCACAGAGGGAGAUCUGGUAGCCUGGAGCCGCAGGGUGCUGGUCCCUGAGCUCGAAGAAGCCUCUGUCAGGAGACAGGUGAACUGGCGUGAAGCUAAAGGAGAGGAAGAGAUCAAUAUUUAUCAGUCAGAAAGGAGAAGACGUACUCUCCACUCUCUCCCCAAGGAGAGCAGGGUUCAUCCGACAUCAGAGUGUGUGGUAGACGAAGCGAGGAGGAGCCAAGGUAACCACGGCUAUCAAACCCGCGCUGCCAUGGAAGAGACAAGUCGGCAGAGUGCUGAGGCUGCAGAUGAGGAUGAUAGCACCUCAGAGGGAGAGGUGGAGGUACGGCAAAUCAACGGGCACUCCUCAGAGGAGGAGAAGGAUGAAGAGGAGAAGGAGCCCUGGCCAGAUGAGCAUAGUAGUUCGAGCGAUUACUCCAGCGAUUAUUCGGACUGGACAGCCGACGCCGGGAUCAACCUUGAACCGCCCAAGAAGAGCGUUAAAGUGAAGAAGAAAAGCAGCGGCUCAGAGGAGGAUGGGGAGAAGAAGAGGGAGGGGAAGAAGGAAAGGAAGAAAGACAAAGCUGAUAAAGAUGGCGCAUUACCAAAGAAGAAGAAGCCAAAGGAGAAGAGGAAGAGGACGCAGUUUCAGGAGCAAGGGCUAACUCUGGAGGAAUGGCUUCCCUCUGCCUGGAUCACGGACACGGUCCCCCGGAGAUGUCCUUACAUACCCCAGAUGGGCGACGAGGUGUACUACUUCAGACAGGGCCAUGAAGCUUACGUGGAGAUGGCCAAACAGAAAAAAAUUUACAGCAUCAAUCCUAAGAAGCAGCCGUGGCACAAGAUGGAGCUCCGGGAGCAGGAGUUGAUGAAGAUAGUUGGCAUCAAGUAUGAGGUGGGUUUGCCCACGCUGUGCUGCCUGAAGUUGGCGUUUCUGGACCCAGACACUGGAAAAUUAACCGGGGGAUCUUUCUCUAUGAAGUACCACGACAUGCCUGAUGUAAUCGACUUCUUGGUGUUGCGGCAGCAGUUUGACAACGCCAGAAAAAGGCAGUGGCGCAUAGGUGACAGGUUUCGGUCAGUGAUCGAUGAUGCCUGGUGGUUUGGGACCAUUGAGAGCCAGGAGCCCUACCAGUCCCAGUAUCCUGACAGCUUGUUCCAGUGCUACAAUGUCUGCUGGGAUAAUGGAGACACAGAGAAGAUGAGUCCUUGGGAUAUGGAACCCAUCCCCGAUGAUGCCACGUUUCCAGAUGAGCUGGGCCAGAGUGUUCCGCUCAUCGAGGAGGAGCAGAAGGAGCUGCUGUACGUUCCCCUGGACGGUGAAUGGGGCUGCCGCACACGCGCCGAGGAGUGCGAACGCAUCAUCAAAGCCAUCGACCAGCUCUGCACUCUCGAUGUCGCAGCACCGUUUGCCUUCCCAGUGGACCUGCAGGCGUACCCCACGUACUGCACAGUAGUGGCCUACGUCACUGACCUCAGCACUAUACGCCAAAGGCUGGUGAACCGCUUCUACAGGCGGCUCUCCUCUCUGAUGUGGGAGGUUCGCUACAUAGAACACAACGCCCAGACGUUCAACGAGCCGGGGUCGUUCAUCGUCACCACCGCCAAGUUUGUCUCUGACCUCAUGCUGCAGUUCAUUAAGGACCAAAGUCUGACAGACAUCAUGCCCCUCUAUAAAACUAUGAAGAAGGCGACCUUCUCUGACUCUGAAGAUGAGGUUUUUUUUCCUUUUCAGCUCAUUGACAGUAAAAACCUCAAACCUCUCUAUUCUCUCACUUCUUUCCCAUUUCUCUCUCUCUCCUUUCUGUCAUCUUUUGAAAACAAUUCAAUGAAAGAUAAAAUAUCCCAACUGUCCCUCUGCUUCUUCAAGGACUACCUGCAAAUAGUUGAAUCACCGAUGGACUUUGGCACUGUUCUCAACACGCUGACAGAAGGAAAGUACCAGUCUCCCAUCGAGCUCUGCAAGGAUGUCAGGCUCAUUUUCAGUAAUUCCAAAGCUUACACGCCCAGUAAGAAGUCUCGGAUUUAUAGUAUGAGCCUAAGGCUUUCUGCCCUGUUUGAGGAGCAUAUCAGCCCCAUCCUGGCUGACUACAAAGCCAUCCACGGCCUGACUGAUAAACUGACCAAACAAGGCACCGACAGACAGACGCGACACACUACAGACAGACAGACACGGCACGUAAUGAAGAGGAGGAGGAGGAGAAGCGAAUCUCCUGCAAGCAGCACCGCGUCCAGCCCAGAGAGGAAGAGACGCGUAUCGUCCAGAGUGAACGCAAAGAAGGAGCCUUCGCCCGUCCCUUCACGACCCUCCUCUCUGAGGCAGAGCAUCCCCGUCAAGCAGCAGCCGCCUCAGAUGGUCAACGGCAAAGCAGAAACGCCAGCUCCAGGACGCACGCGUAGUGCUGCGCGCCAUACUACACAGUCGCUACCCUCCUCAUCCUCAUCACAUAACGUCACGAACAGCACGCCGAGCACAACAGAGUCGACUCGCUCGUUGCGGGCUCAUAACUCUGUGCCAGCUUCGUCAUCACCAGCUCCUGAGAAGGUGACACCUUCCCAACCCACAGAGAGUAGCAGCGGCAGCACUCGACGGAAACUCAGGACACCUGUUCGACACACACCAGGCUCUCCUGGCAGCACUUCAUCUCAUAGCACAGUCCACCUGAAUGGCCACGGUAGUCAUGUGACCCUAGGUGUGGGAAGAAGGGGGAGGAAGUCGAGAAUAGAGCCGCCAGUGAGUCCACCAGAGGUGUCAACCCCGGCCAGCCCUUCAAGACCGCGAGGUCGCCCACCUGGCAAGAAGAGAGGCAGGAAGAGCAAGCAGGAGGCGGAGGACACAAGACAGAGCGGCAGCCGCAGGAGCUUCACCCCCGACGACGAGGUCGACCCGUCUACAGGCGACGAAGGCGGCAUGUCUUCUGCACAGGAAGUGUUGUCGGACUCUGGCAUGGCGUCGACGCCGAGACGGCGUGGCCGGCCCCGAGUGGUGAGAAUCGAGGAACCCGCUCCUCCUCCCGAGUCACCGGAGCCCUCGCCACUGAGGAGGAGCAGCAGAAGGGCCAACGAAGAGGGCACGCCUCCGCUCCAGACCCAACGACCCAGCCGGAAAGAACCUCCUAAGGAGGAGGAGGAGGCAGGCGAUGAGGCAGGAGGGUCCAUGCGCACACGUAACCAAGGUCGACGGUCAGCCUGGUACAUGGAGGAGGACUCCGAGGAGGAGCAGAGGCAGCUGCUGUUUGAGGACUCAUCAAUAACCUUUGGCACCUCCUCAAAAGGGCGUGUCCGCAAACUGACAGAGAAAGCCAAAGCCAACCUGAUAGGCUGGUAACAGAGGAGCCACGCAGGCUGGGACAUGUUCGCUCGUGCGUUGGAGGACUGCGAGGGCGGAGUGGAGGAAGUCACGCUUAGCGGUGUAUGCAUUUGUGUGUGCGUAUGUGUGCGUACAUCUGUGGAGUCGCUGGUUCAGCUGCUGCUAUUUGAAGCUGAGGAGAGCAAAGAGUUACCAGCCCACUCCUUGUCGCUGCCCCCCCCCUUCACCUUCCUCUCUUGCCCAGUAAGCACAUCUGUACGACAUCCGAUGGCAUGUUCGCGUGUUCCAGCUCCUCCUACAUUAUUGAUCCAUGUUGGAUCCCGCAGGAGCGCGACUCACAUCAUGUCGACGGUGUUGUGACUCCUCUCUUGUGAACCACUCUGUCUCCUUCUGACCUUGUACACAGUUUGCUGUCAGAUAAAGUUGUUGGUAGUUGGAGACUUUUAGUACUUGAAAAAAAAAAUCACGAGGAGGCCAGAUGUAUCUUAUCGAACUUUUACUAUUUUUGAGGACUUUUCAAGCGUCUCCGCCGGACAGAUGGAAGAUGCCCACGGAGCUGAUCGCGGUAAUGGACGACGGGACCGCUGGCCUAACAACGUCCUUUGCCCGCUUCCCCCCUCUCUCCCUCCCUUCCUCAUUGUUCCCAGUCUUUUUUUAUACAACCUGCUCUCUGCUUUUUCUAAGAUUUGUACGUGAUCACUGCUCUCUGUUUUGGAAGUCUUACACGUUGGCUGACCUAUCUGUCUGCGCUAAAAUACCAAAUGGUGUACCUUUUCGGAGGUACUGUAGAUCUGUAGGUUUUGUUUACUAUUGAUGUGUGUGGGUGUUUCUUUUCCUUUCUUUUCUCUUUGCAUGUUAUUAGAAAGAGGAAGCAACGUUUUUUUCCUUUUCCUGAUGCUGUUUUUACUGUGGUGAGGAGGAGAAAAAGGAUGCAUGGGUGAAAAGGGUCAUUUAUGUCUCUCUAGUUCAUGUUUCAAAGCGUCCUCAACAUUAGCAAUACCUUGUGCCUUUAUGUCUUUUGUAUGGGUGUGUGCGUGCAUGUAGGUGUAUGCGUGCUUGGCUUCUGCCCUGCAAAGUACAUGUGCCUGUUUGUGUACGAACUUAGUUGUGACUAUGCGGGUAAUUGAAGGAAUGCGUGUAUGUUUUUUUUCGUUUGUUUGUUUUUUUAAUAACACAACUGAGCGUGUCAUUUCAGCGUGCAAACAGUGGCAUACAGUUUGAUCGUUGUGAAAACCUCUCAAAGAAAUGUAUUUAUAGCAGCUGAAAAGAAAUUUACUGUUGUUGUAAGCAUACCAUUACUCAUGUCGAUAUAUUAUCCUAUAACCAACCUAUUGUCAGUUUAUACCUAAGGUACAGAGGGGCGGAGCUUCGGGUGACUAGCUUUGAGAUGCACUUACCAGAGACCGGUUAUCAAUGCAGUCUUAGGGAGUAACCAUGUGUAUUUUAAAAUCUUUAAACAUAUAAAGUUUUAAAGUGUCGAUAUGUUUCCACGGUGACUCCAAACUUGUACGCGCACACAUAGACACACGCAAAUCUGUCUCGCAUGUUCUAGCACUUUCUCACGCCUGCUGCAAACAGGAAGGAGACGGAUCAAACUGGGAUCGGACUGAAUUUGAACUGAAAGCAAACCGGAGAAAGUCUUACCUUCAUCUUUCUGAUUGUGUGCCUUUGCUACUCUGGCAUAUUGAAUCCUUGGUUUCUCCUCUUCGGGGCCUUUAUUUUUUUAGUGUUUGUUAUCGUUUCGGAUCUCCCGGUCCCGCUCGUCACUGGGUUCAGAGAAACUGGACUUCUGGGAGCGGAUUAGACCUGACAGGCUCGUGAGGAAAAUAAUGAAAAGACCGAAACAUUAACAUUUUGACGGGACAAACAUAUUAUGUCACUCUUUGUACACACAGGUGAGAGUUUAUAAAGAUGGGUUUUGUUUUUUUGUGGGGGGUUUUCUGUUUUGUUUGGGGUUUUUUUUCCCCACAGCACGGAGUGAGUGAAUGCCAGAAUCCAUGAGUUUCCACUCGUGUUGCAGGACUGACUGGACGGAACUGGAUGGUAGCAUCAAUAUACACCUGGUUCUUUUCAUAGGUCUCGUCACAUAUUACUAAACAUAUAUCUCAUCUGUUCAUCUUUAUUGUCGAUGUCUUUUUUGUUGUUGUUAUGGAUUUGUCAAUGCCAAAUUCUGUCUUUGGGCACUGAAGUUGUAGAACACGGCUUUUGAAUGUGUUUUAUUUUCUAAAGAGAUUUUAUUGUCUCCAUCGUGAGUGUGUUGAGCUGUUUUACAUAUGACGCGUUGGCUGUUUUCUGUUUGUGUCCCUGCCAUAAAGGACGAUAUACAAGUGGCCGCAUAUGUGAAGAUGGGUUUUUUAUCCUCUGCCACACCUAUUUCAGAUGUUCUGGUGGUUCAUAAUUGCUUUGUUUAUGCUGUGUUUGUGAAGAGUUUCAUUCAAAAAAUUGCCUAAAAACACUGACACUAUCCUCCACAAAUGACAUGAAAAUGAAUUUUAUUCUUGAGGUUUCAAGGUUAUAUUUGCCUAUGAUAAUAUUUAUGUUGUGGAGAAACUUUAUUGUAAUAAUUCAUGGCUUUAAUAAAAAAAAAAACACUCUAAAAACUCUUCAGAAACACAAAGAUUUAAAGAUUUUUAUCAUGUGAUGAAAGCAGAGAUGGGCUUGCUUUGACCCAGGAUUCUCAAAUUUGAGGUAUGACUUUACUUUUAAAGGGGACCUUUUACUCUGACGUCCAUGUCCAUGUAUUCUGUUGUAAUGGACUCCAUUACAAUAGUUUUGCCUAAUUCACAGUUCAGAAUUAUCCUUUUUACCUUCUACUGGACCUUGGUGUAGUUCUAGUUGAUCCAGUGUCUUAAACAAGCUCUCCCUCUGCUGUUAUGCCAGCUUUCCUUUUAUUGUGUGUCUCCUGCAAACAAACAAUCUGUGGGCGGAGCUUCUGUGCUCAAAUGACCGUAUAAGGAGGUGUCGGCUUUCACUGACAUCAUACAGAGCCAAGAAAUGAAAAAAACUUUUGGAAACAAAGUGUUUAGUGGCUCAGAUGGGCCACCAUAACAUAUCCUGAUGUCAUUAAUAUAACAGUAUAUAAAUAUAUCAGAAAAUAAGAAGUUUAAUAGAUCCCCGUUAAUGUGUUUACAUGAGCCAGCUGAAAAAUAAACAGUCCUCCAGAACUACAUGGGACUGUGAGAUAUCGGUUACACGGCCAUAUUAAAUUAGGAACUACUGGUGUGCUUCAUAGCCAUUUAAUCCCCAUGCAAUAAGGUGAUGGUAAGGAUACUGUAUAUUUUUUCCAUCUAUUUGUUUUUCUUCACUGAAAUACAGUCAAAGUGGGAAUGCAGUGGGUAUCAGAUGUGGUUAUUUCUGCUGUGACACCCUGUUCAUCAGAUCUUCACACUACCUGUACUCAUCGCGGGUGAAAGUAGAUGCGCUGAUAUAGCGUAGCUGGUCAUAUUACCUUAACCGUGGCAGAUCAAUGUGUGCAACCUAAUCAUUUUAAAGGGGCCUUAAAAAGAACUCACUGGUGUAUAAGCAAGACUUUGGGUGUCAAGCCAUUCAAACAGACAUCACACACAUCUGUAUCCAGCUCUUUAUACGGUGGAGGUAUAUAUGCUGUUAGGUUUUCAGAUUCUAAUGUAGGAUGGUGGUGUUACUGGUUCAGAGCAGCACCUCUAGCUUGACGCUACAUGUAAACAUUCACACUGGCCUGUGCUAAUGUGUGGCAGAGCUGUGCUGUUUUGGCAUCAAAGUCUUUGGUUAAUGGUCACUGUGUGUGUGUGUGUGUGUGUGUGUGUGUGAGAGAGAGAGAGAGAAGGGGCUUCAUGUUAGCCACCAGGAAGAAUUUUGGGUAUGUUUUCAGAAGAGGAGGGGAAGGGGUCUUUUUCAUGUGAAUUGAUGAGGUCGUCUUUGUUAGUUUGGAUACUUUUUUUUAAAUAUAAAUAUAUAUAUAAAGGAAUUAAUGCAAAAAAAGAAGCAUAAGGCUAGAAUGUAUGUGUAGGGGAGUACUGCUGUCCUGUUAGUUCAUACCAAUAUUUUAAGUGAAUAAAAAGUUGUGUUUCCAUAUUCACUUUUAA